GUUGGGGAUUGCCGGUCGAUCAGCUGAUGGUUUGAAGCGAGUUCUUUGUUAGCCGGCAAACAGUGAAGCGGCUCAGGCGAUUUGGCCGUCAUCGCUGUUGAGGUGAGGAGCUGAUAAUGACGAGAGGGCUGUGAAUUUUUGACAAGAAUCUCCCGAGACGACCGAAAAAUGUUUCGAAGCAGUUUUCAAGAGGAGAGGGUCGUUAAAGACUCGAAACUUCAGGCCGUUUUCAGUAAAUUGUCGGGGGUACUUCCUAGGGCAGAAGACUUUCAAGGCAAUUCUAUCCCGAAAAUUAUGUCGUCAGAUAUUAUCGAAUCUGUCCUAUCCGACACUCCCGUACCUGUUCCGACAAGCUGGCCGACCGAUACCUACUGCUACACUCAACAACAGCCCGCCUCUUCACCGCCCCAAUCUCUGACCGAUGACGUCCUUCUCGCCGAAGACUGCGCCGUGGUAGCGUCAAGCACCUCCCUGUGCCAUAGGCUCGAGCAGGAGCUGCGCAACGCGAAACGCAGCCACCUUUCCUGCGGCGAAGUCCUGCUGCCUUGCGGACUGUUGCAGCGGGUGGCGCGAGACAUCGUCUCGAUGGCGGAGUCGGAACCGUGCGGUCUGCGCGGUUGCCAAUUGUUUUUGCUGUUCGACGCUCAGCAAGGCACGUCACCCACAAAGAUCGGCAAAAUUGUCUGCGAUCCGGAAACCGCGUGCACUUUCGAGCUGUACCUAACGUUGAAGCAGAACUCGAUCGGGUGGAAUUUUUUGCCGCAAUUUCUUAGAAAUUUAACUAGAGGUGGAACGGUGGUAAUAAGCCCAGCUUAUACUCUCAUCAAGAAGAAACUCUAUCGUUCUUACAUGGAACAAAUUGUACAACAGUAAGGUUUGUUGUUAUCAUAAGACUGACUAAUAAGUAGAACGGUAAAAGAAAUAAUUAUGUGUAUUCGAUAACUCAAAUAUUAUUAUAUUCAUCGUAUAUGGUAUCACCUUCACUGGCAUUAAAGUUAACAUGGUCACACCCGAUAUGCAUAACUAAAAACUCCGUGUUUUUGUUCUAGAUCUCUUAUAGACGAUUACGUUGUCCGCUUUUUGAUUUUGUUUUUUUUUUGUUUGUUGAAGACAGUUUUCGUUUUCCUUAAUUCCGCCUCAGCUUCCGGACAAAUUUUAUGUCAACUGUUACACAUGUAUCGGUUUUCAGUCUUGUUUCUAGACGUUUAAUCACUACCCGUACUUGUUAAUCAUUAAAAUAUUAUUAGAAACAAAUUAGUGUGUAGUAUAUUAACAUUAGAUGAACUAAUCAACUAGAUUGGGUAAUCUGACUGAAUCAUUUCUUUGUGGAUUGAACACAACGAAAUUUUUUGAGGAGCCUUUCACCAGACUAUAGUAGAAAAAGUGAUACUAGAGAGUGAUUUUUUAUAUCGUACCUGGGCAUUUAGGACUGGACCGCGAAUUUAAGAAAAAUGGAUGCAUAGUACGGGGAGUCAAAAGCGCUGAAAUUUUACACCAUACUCAUUAUCGCAUAUGGCGUAGGAAGGUAUUUCCGCGCUUUUGACGUCCUGUACGCACAAUUCUGACCAAUUGUUCACCGGAUGAUUCCGGUUUAAAUUCGACCAAAUUUUAUUUGGGAACUAUAUCAUACCAAGUUUUAUCGUCCUGUGGUGAUCCGAAUUAGAUGUACCAGUCCUAUUGCUAAAAAUUCCUUUAAGGUUGUACAUGGAUACGGAAUGCACACGACAAGAGAGAUGCGGUGACGGAUUGGGGUGUGUUAUGGUGGGACCUUAAAGGCGUUUCUGAAUUUAAUAACACUUAUUGUGUGUAUUUUUCUGCUGUGUAAAAAAGCCGUUUCCUUUUAGUUUGCAUUCUCUCUCUCUCUCCCUUCUCCGUAUAAGUACUAUACGUAUCAAUAAUUUUGGGGUGUCCAAAUUAGGUGUUAAGUUUUUUUUUGUUGCCGUUUAAGAAUUUGGAGAUUUUUUUUUUGCACAGGAGAGACUCAGAAGAUGUUGUAAAUGUUUUUUGUAAAUUUCUUGUAACUUAUUUGCAGGUGUCGCUCAUACUACGUUGUGAUAUCAGUAAAUAAUAUAACAGUGUAACAAAUCAAAAUUACCUUAGUUCGUAAUAGUUUCAAAGUAUCAGUAUUUUGCAAUUUUGCGUAGGUAUUAUUAACACGUAUUUUUUAACAUUUAACUAGUACCUUAACAUUUUGUUAAUUUCAAUGUAAGUUUCUCUAAGGUAAGAUCUUUUGUGAUAGUACUUAUGUACAGCGCUUUUUGUACUUUAUCAUAAAUUUAUUAUUAUCAAAAGAUAUAUGUAAAAAUUCGACAUGUCAAUAAAGUUAUUUAAAAUAA